UAAAGUUUUAGUUUAGUGUGACCUGGCAUCAGCAUCUUACCUUUGGAAUAAGGUUUUUCCUCGUUGAGGAGUGCUAAAAGCUUAAGAAAGAAGAUUCCACGGCUAUUGCUGAAAGAAAGAAAGCAUCCGAACUACUGACAACUUCUUUUGCAGGGAUCAAGACUACCUAGUCCUUCUUGCUCAUACAUUUCAUCACCAUCCAUAAUCUUCUUAUCUGAGAGCAAGAGGAGAGAGGGGGGAGAGAUGGCUGACUCUAUUGUUUCGAGUAUUGUUUCGGAUGUCGUGUCUCAGCUUGCCAAACUCCUCAUAGAAGAAGCUGCGUUUUUGCAUGGGGUGAAGGGUCAAGUCGAAUGGGUCAAAACAGAACUGAAACGAAUGGAAGGCUUCCUCGAAGAUGCGGAGUCCAAGAGGAGGGCAGACAGAAGAGUGGAAAAUUGGAUACGUGAGAUAAGAGAUGUGGCAUAUGAAGUGGAAGACAUCAUAGACACGGUCAACUUCAUGGCUGAGCAGCAGCGUCGGAGGAGAGGCUUCAUGGGCUCCUUUUCAAGGUACUGUCCUCAACCUUGUGGAUUGAUCUCCCAACAUAAAAUUGGAUCUAAAAUUGAUGAAAUAAAGGAGAAGAUCUGUGGUAUCUCUGAGGGCGCAGAGAGAUACGGCAUUAAUGCCAGCCUGGGUGAAAGUAAAGCUGAGAAGAGCAGUGAUAGGGAUGAUACUUUACAAGCAAUGAGACGCUUCCCUCCUCAUUUCUUUGACGAGACUGAUGUCAUAGGCUUUGAGGAUGAUAAAAAACAAUUACUGAAACAUUUGCUUGAUUCUGAUAAUAGAAUACUUUGUGUAAUUUCUAUAGUGGGUAUGGGCGGGCUUGGCAAGACCACCCUCGCAAGAAAAGUGCAUAAUGACCCUGCAAUUAGAGAACAUUUUGACACCUUUGCUUGGGUUUCAGUUUCUCAGAAUUACCGAGUUAUUGAGCUUCUGAAGGAAAUCAUGAAGAAGGUAAUGGGACUAAAAAGGAAGAGAGAAACAACUACAGGAAUUACACUAGAAGACUUGGAGCAGAUGGGUGAAGAAGAAGUGAGAGAGAGGCUCGUUGAUUUCCUAAGAGACAAAAGGUAUUUGGUCGUGAUGGAUGAUGUAUGGACUGUGGAUGUUUGGAGACAAGUGGAGCAAGUCCUUCCUAAUGGAAACAACGGUAGCAGAAUAUUGCUGACGACCCGUAAGAUUGAAGUUGCAAGACAUGCCGAGCCACGGAUACCUCCCCAUGAGCUACAGCAUUUGAAUGACACAGAGAGUUUGGAACUGUUCCGUAGGAAGGCAUUUCCACCAAAUGAAGAUGUCCCCACUGAGUUGAGGGAAUUGAUCCAGCAGCUUGCAAGGAGGUGUGGUGGACUUCCUCUUGCACUGGUGGUGUUGGGGGGCCUUCUGUCGAGGAAAGAUCGCAGUUAUGAUACAUGGUCGAAAGUAGCUCAGAGCACUAACUGGCAAUCGCACGGAGAAGGGCAGGAAUGCCUCAGUAUAUUGGGUUUAAGUUACAAUGACUUGCCAUAUCAAUUAAAACCAUGUUUCUUGUACAUCACCGCAUUCCCUGAGGACUCCAUUAUCUCUGUUUCCAAAUUAGUGAGGUUGUGGAUCGCUGAAGGUUUCAUACUAGAGGAGCAGAGACAGACAAUGGAAGACACCGCAAGGGAUUGGUUGGAUGAGUUGGUGCACAGGUGCAUGAUCCAGGUUGUCGAGAGGAGCGGGGCUUAUGGGCGGGUUAAGAGCAUACGCAUCCAUGAUAUGUUCCGUGACUUUGGCCUAUUAGGAGCUAGAAAGGAUGGAUUCCUUCAUAUUUGCAGUGGUGACAUGGCAGUAUCUGAUGGUAUAUCGAGUCAUCGUGUAGUUUUCCACAAUCGUAUAAAUGACAGGGUUGUUGAUUCCUCACCACAUCUCCGCACUUUGCUAGGCUUCAAUUUAAUUUUGACUAAUGUGGGAAGAUUUUUGAGUGGGUUAAACUCACUGAGGGUGCUGGAUUUGGAGGGCGCAACAGAUCUGGAGGAGUUACCGAAACAGAUCGGCAACAUGAUUCAUCUACGAUACCUGGGACUGAGAAACACUGAUUUGAAGAGGUUGCCAUCCUCCAUAGGACGUCUCCUGAAUCUGCAGACUUUGGAUGUGAGAGAUACACAAAUUUUAUGGCUUCCGAAAUCAUUUUGGAAAAUCCCGACGCUGAGGCAUGUAUAUAUUAAUAUGCCUAUGUUUGUAAGCGCACCAAUAAGUGGUGAUCACAAGAACCUGCAGGCUCUACGUAUCGCAUGCACCAAAUAUUGGGUUGUCGCAUUAGCCUUUACAGAGAUGGCAUAUGAAAGAAAAUUUAGUGAAUCAUUCGGAAAAUCACUCGACAAAAUGGACAGCCUCCUCUCCUUCAGUAUGAGUGUAUUUAAGACAGAAUUGCCAACAGACAUCUCCGCACAUGGACGACACCUGCAGAAGCUCCGCUCAUUGUAUCUGAGAGGAUCGUUCCAACAGCAGCAACUCCCGGACAUCACUCAAUUCCCACCAAACCUCACCAAGCUCAUAUUAAUUUCAUCUCAUUUGGAGCAAGACCCAAUGCCGGUGCUGGAGAAGCUGCCAAACCUCAGGCUUCUUGAACUGUGCGGUGCAUAUGACGGGAAGAGCAUGUCGUGUUCUGCUGGUGGCUUUCCUCGACUGCAACACUUGAUAUUGGCAUGUCUCAAUGAUUUAGAGGAAUGGAGGGUGGAGGUUGGAGCGAUGCCCCGCCUCACCCACUUAACUUUCCAUUGGUGCGGAAUGUUGAAGAUGCUUCCCGAGGGAUUGCAGCACGUGACCACGGUUCGGGAACUGAAGCUGAUUGACAUGCCCCGUGAGUUCAGUGACAAGGUCAGAAGUGACGAUGGGUACAAGGUCCGACACAUCCCCUCCAUUAUUAUUAAAAAGGAGUUCCCACCAGAAAUAUUUUAACUGAUCAUGUCGAUUGAAGUGAUGAUCUAGUCAAAAAGGUUCUCUGGCUUUGUUUAAUAUGUACAAGGAGGCAUUUCUAGCUAUUUCUUAUGGAGCCAUCGAACUAUUGAUUGUAUUAGUUCUUCAUUUUUAUUUUUACAUUGUAUGUUUCUUCAGAUUUUAUG